AUGCUGUUGUGCUGUGUAAAUCUCAUUCACAGUUACUCUCCCUCUCUGUCACUUGGAUCACUUAUCCCAUCUCAAUUCACAGAUAUGUCCACAUCUGAUGAGCCAGAAGUGGUCGAAAGGGGUACCAAGGAUGAAAAACACAAGGAAGAUGAUAAAGAGGAAGAGAAGGGUGGAUUCAUUGAGAAGGUGAAGGAUUUCAUUCACGACAUUGGUGAGAAGAUUGAGGAAGCUAUUGGGUUUGGGAAACCAACUGCUGAUGUUACUGCGAUACACCUUCCAUCAAUUAAUCUUCACAAGGCAGAUCUUAUUGUUGAUGUGCUCAUAAAGAACCCAAAUCCAGUGCCGAUCCCUCUGAUUGACAUAGAUUACUUGGUUGAGAGUGAUGGAAGGAAGCUAGUUUCCGGAUUGAUUCCAGAUGCAGGUACUAUCCAUGCACAUGGAGAGCAGACUGUCAAAAUUCCUGUUACUUUGAUUUAUGAUGACAUCAAGCAAACAUAUGCUGAUAUUAAACCAGGAAGCAUCAUUCCUUAUCGAGUGAAGGUGAGUCUCAUUUUUGAUGUUCCCAUCUUGGGAAGGUUUACUCUACCUUUGGAGAAAACUGGAGAAAUCCCCAUACCUUACAAGCCUGAUAUUGAUCUUGAGAAGAUUCAUUUUGAAAGGUUCUCUUUUGAAGAGACAGUAGCAACUCUUCAUUUGAAGUUGGAAAACAAGAAUGAUUUUGACCUUGGCCUUAAAGCGCUUGACUACGAGGUCUGGCUUGGUGAGGUAAGCAUUGGUGGUGCAGAACUCACCAAGUCUGUUAAAAUCGAGAAAAGUGGGAUUAGCUACAUUGACAUUCCAAUUACCUUCAGGCCAAAGGAUUUUGGCUCUGCACUCUGGGAUAUGAUUAGAGGAAGGGGAACUGGUUACACCAUGAGAGGAAAUAUUGAUGUUGACACUCCCUUUGGAGCAAUGAAAUUGCCCAUCAGCAAAGAAGGUGGUACAACCCAACUUAAGAAAAAGAAGGAAGACCGUGAUUAUGAUGAUGAUGACGACGAUGAGGUUUGUGAAAACUCCUUUUAA